AAUUAAUGAUCGAAUAUUGUACUGUUCAAACUCGUACAUUAGUGUCAGGUUUUGAAAAUACUUAUUCGGGACUUAUUAAUAAAUAAAAGAGCCCAACAUUAUCUAUAUAGUGAUACAUAACGUGUCAAGACAAGUCGAGGAAGGGCGGGCGGCCCAGAUAAUAUUUUGGGCUCAACCUGCUAAAAAUAGCAAGUAUUCGAGAAUGGCGUUCUAGACCCACUCGGGAGUGACCCACACGGCUAGUAGCCCAAUAAUAUGUAUGACAAAUGUCAAAUAAGUGAUAGAAUGAUUAAAGAAGAAUACAAAUGCCUAUAACCCCAUCUUUGGCAUUAUUGAGCUAAAUAAUGGGAGUAGGAUUUUCCUUCUACAAUGUCCAUCUUGUAAAUAAUUGGGAUGAGCCUACACAUAUUGGAGAUCAAUAAUUUGAUUUAAUAAGUUGACUUGUUCUAAAUAAAUUAGGAUGAGUACAAAAAGGCAUCUUUGACAAAAGAUAAAACAAUAGGACCCAUCUUCCAAAUUUUGGAAGUAUUGGUAGAUGUUUUGGACCCCAAAUUGAUUGGGAUCACUUGGGGAGCACCCCACACCUUCUUGGCACCUGCAAAAUAAAGAGAAUGAGUUAAAAACCUUGGUUGGGGCGGACAAAAGGAGGGGGAGGCUGAACAUGACAUGUUUGUGAACCAAAUGGACCCUCUCCCCAUUUUUUUUUGAUUGAGGUAUCUUGCUCAAUCAUCCCACAUGCCAACCCACUCCUAUCCUUUGACUUUUGAGGCUAAGUUAAGGCCAAGAUAACACUUCCCCAGCUCCCAUUCGAACUCCCCAAGAUAAGAGAGAAGAAGAGAGCCACACAACCUAAAAGAGCAAGGAGAAAGCAAACUGCCCGCAGGUUUUUCCUCCGGUGCAAGGGUUACUUGUUUGCUUCAUAUCUCGAGUUAUACACAUCCAAAUAAGGCGUACGAGAUACCAACAGAAAGCUCUCAAGACGAGGAAUCCGUGAAGGUCUGGUUUGCAGCAAUCGGAGUAGUGGAAGGCUUCCAAAUUGACUGAGCAAAACACAACCUCGCAGGAAACGUUUUUGUAUUCAAAGAAUCGAGUUAGCCGGAAAACACCCGUUCUAGGGGCUGUUUUCGUAUCAACGAUUCGGGGUUGAAAUAGCAACUUGAGGAGGCUGUUUAGCACCCAUUUUCAAGCAAGGAACUAGUUCCCAAUCUUCCUUGGCCGAGGCUUUGGUCAUUGGAUCGAGAAGGAAGGUUUUAAAGCUCAUUUGAGGUGAGGAUCGACAUCUAAUUGCUUACAACUUGUAGGUUAAGCAUGAGAUUACCUAAAUGCCUAAAUCAUAAUUUUUCAUGGAUUAUGAUGAUUAAAUAUUGAUGAAAUAUUGAUAUAGUUCCCAAAGAAUGAAAUUGGAAAUGAUUUGAGGAUGUAUGUAUAAUAGGAGAGAUUAAAUGAGUUAUAAAUGAACUAUUUUGCGAAAUAGGAAUUUUACUCAUGUAUUAAAUAUGUGGAUACAUAAAUGGAUAUUAUGUAUUGAAGUUGAAUAUUUAAGUUGAUGCUACAUACUUAUAAAUAUGUAGAGAAUUACAAAUGAAGAUAUUUGUAUAAUGACAAUAAUCUUAAUAGUAUUGAAAAUACUAGUUAGUGAUUAUUUGAAAUUGUUGAUAGAAUUGAUCCUAAGUAUUGGAUUGUAUGGAAUGAACUUGAAUGUACUUCAAGUGUAUAAAACGACUUAGUAUGAAACUAAGGGCAAGUUAUGGGCGGUCAUUGAGAAUGACCCAAGGUAGAUUAUUGAGAUGUCAAUUCUAGGCAUAGAGUUGCUUAGGAAUUGGACUAUAAUGAAGAAUUAGAGCCGGACUCUAAGAUUACAUGGAAACGUAGUUGGGCCGUGCCCUUGCCAUGUAAUUGUGAUUUGCAUGGAAAUGUAGUUGGUCCGAGACCUUGCCAUGUAAAUUGUGAUUUGCAUAGAAAUGUAGUUGGUCCGAGACCUUGCUAUGCAAAUGUGAUAGGAUGUAAAUUGUGAUUUGCAUAGAAAUGUAGUUGGUCCGAGACCUUGCUAUGCAAAUGUGGUAGGAUGCAAAUGUAAUAUAACGAACUUGACAUAAAGGAUUGCAUAGAAAUGUAGUUGGGCCGAGCCCUUGCUAUGCAAUGGUAAUGUAAUGAACUCUAUGAAUUGUCGUGGCUCAUAGUCACGGAGAAUGGGAAUGGUGAUUUCUAAAUGAACAUGGGCCCACGGGCCGACUACUUGACUUUUAUAUAAAGUAAGUAUAUAUUUUUAAAACGGGGUAACUUAGGGUUACCACUAUAUUGUAUUAUCACCCUAUUUGAGGGUCUUGUGUUUGAAAUACUUGUUGUAUAUCCCUUAGAUGCCAUCCACACCAGUACUUUAUAGCCGUAUAGAGUACUGACCCCUUCGGGGGCGUCCCACCACCAUUUCAGGUUGAAGCUCGAGCUUGCUAUCUGUGCCCGUUGCUCGGGUGAUCCUUUGGAGAGAAGACGUGGUUCGUGCUUUCUCCAUUCUGUUUUGAACAAUAUUAAACAUGCUCAUGGAUAUUUUACUAUAGAGCCUGCGUGCUCAUGAAUAGCCCUGUGUGGCCCUUUUGUUUUAAACAAUGUUUUCCGCUGCGUUACGAAUUACUUAUUAUGUUUGUUUAUGGAUGUUAUGUGUGUGAAUGAUAUUCAAGACGCCUUGUAUAAUAUGAAUGUGUUGGACUGCGGUUGACUAUUCGUAUUGUACGGCGGGUUGUUGACGUGUCCGGGGAGGUCCGGGGCGUGACAAUUAAGUUGGUAUCAGAGCCUUAGUCCAUAAACUUCAUAAUGAAGUCUCAAAAUUCUCUUUUUGAAAAGAUUUUGAAAACCAUGAGCAUAGAAGUUUUGUACUUGGAGAGCUUUUGGUACUUGGGUUGCAAGGUCUCUAAUUGUUAAGAUGGUACCCUUAGCAAUUGGUAUGGCGGUGACUCAAGCCAAGUGUGUCUUAAGUACCUAUCCGUCAAUUGACAUUUGAUACGAGUCUAAUGACUCUUUCCAAAUUUCUUUCAGAAAUGGACCGUGGUGGCAGGAUUACUAGGAGAAACCCGACGGGCCGUGUACCAGUGGAGACUGGACAGGGCAGUCGAAGGACCUCUAGGGCAUCUAGAGGAGCUGGCCGUGGAGGCCGAUCACAGACCGUGAGUGACGGUCAUGUUGACACAGAAAGUGAAACCUACUGGUCCUAUGAGGACUCGACUUACCAACCGGAAAUCGAGCCGGUUGAGACCCCUUACGAAGGGGAUGACGAUGAUGUAAGUGAUGAAGAGGGGGAGAAUGACUCCCUAGCAAAAAUUGAGGCGCUGCUCCAACAAUAUCAAUGGGAGCGCGAGGAAAGGAGGGAACGCCGAAGGCGCCGGGGAGGGCGAAUUUCGGGUGAGGCUUCAAGAGGAAGAAGCCAUGGCGAUUCUCGGGCCCAUGUUGAACCACAUGGGGGCCGGGGUGAUGGAGGUCCAAUCAUAAGGAUCUCCAAGUACAUCAAAGAGGCACGAGAUUUGGGGUGCAAACCCUUCAACGGAGCAGGCGACAUCUCCGUCGCCGCGGAAUGGAUCAAGAGGUUGAACGAGGCAGCCCUUGAUAUGCAACUCACCCCCGAAUUUAAACUAAGGGUGGCGGUGAGAUUGCUUGAAGGUAUGGCAUCCACAUGGUGGGACGGAGUCAAGGGAAAGUAUGGCAAUACCGUGACUUGGGAGAAUUUCCGACAGGAGUUCUUUGCCCAAUACUAUUCUGAUUUUGAGGUGAACGCUAAGAGGAGAGAGUAUACCCUCCUGACCCAAGGAGGCAAAAUGACGGUGAGGCAACUUGAACACAAAUUCAGGGAGCUCGCGGAGUUCAUACCGGAGUAUGUUUGUGACGAGAACCGGAUGGUAAAUCACUUCUGGGAUGCCUUGGACUUGGAGGUACGUGAGAGGGCAACACAGUUGCCUAACAUGACCUUUAGCCAAGUGGUCGAGCAAGGGUUGAAAGGGGAGAAACAAUGGGAGGAGAGGAAGAGGAGAGAUGCCGAAGAGGCGAAAAAGAGAAAGGGGGAGAGUCAUGGCCCUCAAGGUUCCAAUAAAAAGGGAAACCAUGGAGGAGGAUCUUUCCGAACACCACCGCCCCCACCUAGGGGGAACCAAGGCCCGAAUGGACAAGGAUCACGGACCUCGGGGGUAGCUCGGUGCAAUAAUUGCAAAAGGAGCCACUUUGGUAAGUGUCGUGACCCUCCUAGAUGCUUCCAAUGUGGGGAUGCCGGGCAUUUGAAGAUGAAUUGCCCACAAUUGGGUGGGGCAAGGUCAUCGGGACCAAGUAGCGGGGCUACGGGGAGUAGAAACCAAGCCGGGGGUUCCCAAGUAACCAGGGGGCAAGGGGGAGCAAGCGCGAGUAACGCGCCGUCCGUGAAUCAAGGAAGGACGCAAGCUAGAGUCUACGCAAUGACCGAGGCUGAUGCUCGGGCUAAUCCCGACUCCGUCGCAGGUAAUACACUUGUUCGGGUCAUUUCUAGGCUUAUUUUGAUCAUAUACGUCGUUGGGAUUAAGUACGGGCCACCCCGGGGUCAAACUGGGUGAGUUAGGCCGAAUCGGGCUGGAAACAGCCACUGCUGGCCAGGCACGCCCGAAGGCACGCCGUGCCUGGAAUCGUGCCUGGAAGGCAGUGGCACCCGAAGAGAAGAGAAAAAAAAAAAAAAAAAAAAAAAAAAAAAAAAAAAAAAAAAAAAAAAAAAAAAAAAAAAAAAAAAAAAAAAUUUUGGCCAGGCACGGCCUCAGGCACGCCGUGCCUGGCGUCGUGCCUGGGAGGCAGUAGCGCCCAGGGCUUUUUCCCAAGCCAGGCACGACCGUGCCUACCCCAGGCACGCCGUGCCUGGCACCCAGAAUGCCGAAACCCGAUUUUUUCGCACCGUUUUGCGACAUUAAGACCUUUUCUUGAUCCCUAACACAUGUGUGAACAUAAUAACCUCCUAAUGAUGUGUAAAAACAUUAGAAAAGGUAUCUCACAUAGUGUAUACAUGUAAGAACAUUAAAGAUUAAUGGGAAGGAUGCGCGAAUCCUUAUCGAUACCGGGGCGCAACGUUCAUUUGUGAAUGAAGCGUUCGCCAAGAGGUUGGGAGUGCAAUCCGCACCAUUGAUGCAAACCUUAGUGGUAUCAACACCACUAGGGGAUGACGUGGAAAGAACUUGUUAUUAUCCAUCUUGUGGGGUGGAGGUUAAUGGUCAAACCUUGACGUGUGACUUCGUACCGCUGAGCAUGAUUGAAUUCGAUGCAAUCCUAGGGAUGGAUUGGCUAGAAAGGAACCAUGCUAGGGUAGAUUGCCACACGAAGGUUCUUGAACUCGAAGGCAAUGAUGGGAAGACCCUACGCUUCGAGGGCGAUCGAGGGAGAUCAAAUAGCUGUAUCAUAUCCGCCGUGAGAGCGAGAAGUAUGAUGAGGAAGGGAUGCCACGCAUAUCUAGCAUACGUGGUCGACAAAACCAAAGAGGAAACGAACAUCGAUGAUGUGAGGGUGGUUUGUAAGUAUCCGGAUGUCUUCCCUAAAGACCUACCGGGACUUCCACCCGAUAGAGAGAUUGAAUUUGUGAUCGAGGUCGAGCCCGGCACCAAACCAAUCUCCAUACCGCCAUACCGUAUGGCACCCGCUGAACUUAACGAGUUGAAACCCCAAUUGCAAGAGCUUUUGGAUAACGGUUUCAUUAGACCAAGCCACUCCCCGUGGGGAGCACCGGCUCUUUUUGUGAAAAAGAAAGAUGGGACACUUCGAAUGUGCAUUGACUAUCGUCAACUGGACAAGGUCACAAUCAAGAAUAGGUAUCCUUUGCCUAGGAUUGAUGACUUGUUUGAUCAACUACGAGGGGCAACCGUGUUUUCGAAGAUUGACUUGAGGUCGGGGUACCACCAAUUGAAGAUUAAGGAAGACGACAUACCAAAGAGUGCUUUCCGCACAAGGUAUGGGCAUUUUGAGUUCCUUGUUAUGUCGUUUGGGUUAACAAACGCCCCAGCGGCAUUCAUGGACUUGGUGAACCGAGUAUUCCAUAAAUACUUGGAUCGAUUCGUGAUUGUGUUCAUAGAUGACAUCUUGACUUACUCAAAGAGUGAAGAAGAGCAUGAAGAGCACUUGAUACUCGUUCUUGAGACACUACGGGAGAAGCAACUCUAUGCCAAAUUUUCCAAGUGUGAAUUUUGGCUAAAGGAGAUUGGCUUUCUCGGGCACGUGGUUUCAGGAUCGGGAAUUGUUGUUGAUAACAAGAAGAUAGAGGCCAUUACCGAAUGGGAGAGGCCGAAGAACGUCAAGGAAAUUCGUAGUUUCCUUGGAUUGGCAGGCUACUACAGAAAGUUCGUGGAGAAGUUCUCUGUUUUGGCAUCACCAUUGACGAAGCUCACUCGUAAAGGAGCUAAGUUUGUAUGGGAUGACAAAUGUGAGAAAGGGUUCAUGGAACUAAAGAAGAGAUUGACCGAGGCACCGGUACUUGCAUUACCCAAACAGGGUGUGGGGUACGAUGUCUAUAGCGAUGCGAGCAUCCAAGGGUUUGGGUGUGUGUUGAUGCAGGAGGGGAGAGUAAUUGCCUAUGCUUCACGACAGUUGAAGAAGCAUGAGGUAAAUUACCCUACCCAUGACCUGGAGCUGGGAGCAGUAGUGUUUGCACUGAAGAUUUGGAGACAUUAUCUCUACGGAGAGACAUGUCACAUAUAUACUGAUCAUAAGAGCUUGAAGUACGUGUUUACUCAGAAAGAGUUAAACAUGAGACAGAGACGGUGGAUGGAGUUGAUAAAGGACUACCAUCUAGUUAUUGAGUACCAUCCAGGCAAGGCAAACGUUGUAGCAGAUGCCCUGAGUCGGAAGAGUUCGUCUGGGGCAUUGUUUACUGGUUUGAGGGCACUGAGGGCCCAAUUGGAUGUAUCUAGCGACGGUGCCUUAUUGGCACGAUUUGAAGUGAGACCGACCUUACUUGAUGAGAUCAAGAAGGGUCAAGUGACUGACGCAGAACUUAUGAAGGUCCGGGAACGCAUGCAAGCGGGGCCAGGGGAGGAUUUCAGGGAAAGAGAUGAUGGUCUUUUUUUAUUUCGUGACCGAGUGUGUGUACCGUCUGAUGAGGAGCUCCGUAAGUCCAUCUUAGAGGAGGCUCAUUUAUCGUCUUAUGCCAUGCACCCAGGGGGCACAAAAAUGUAUCGCGAUUUGAAAGAAAGUUACUGGUGGUCUGGUAUGACGAAGGAAAUAGCUGAAUACAUUAGUCGAUGCCUUACUUGUCAGCAAGUUAAGGCAGAACAUCAGCAAGAAAGGUGAAGAAACAGAGGAGUAAAGAAGUCCCAAUGGUUAAAGUACUUUGGAAGAGCGACCGGGUCGAAGAAGAGACAUGGGAAACAGAGGCUUUGAUGAGGAAGCAGUAUGCUUUCCUAUUCGAGUAGAGCUGUGAAUUUCGGGGACGAAAUUCCUGUUAAGGGGGGGUGAACUUGUGACACCGCACCCAAAAGUCCUUGAAGAUUUGAUUUAAAUAUUCGAAGUUUAUGUAUUGGAUUUCUGAUUCCCAAACAUUUGUAAACCGAUUAAUGUUUUACGUAAUUAAUGAUCGAAUAUUGUACUGUUCAAACUCGUACAUUAGUGUCAGGUUUUGAAAAUACUUAUUCGGGACUUAUUAAUAAAUAAAAGAGCCCAACAUUAUCUAUAUAGUGAUACAUAACGUGUCAAGACAAGUCGAGGAAGGGCGGGCGGCCCAGAUAAUAUUUUGGGCUCAACCUGCUAAAAAUAGCAAGUAUUCGAGAAUGGCGUUCUAGACCCACUCGGGAGUGACCCACACGGCUAGUAGCCCAAUAAUAUGUAUGACAAAUGUCAAAUAAGUGAUAGAAUGAUUAAAGAAGAAUACAAAUGCCUAUAACCCCAUCUUUGGCAUUAUUGAGCUAAAUAAUGGGAGUAGGAUUUUCCUUCUACAAUGUCCAUCUUGUAAAUAAUUGGGAUGAGCCUACACAUAUUGGAGAUCAAUAAUUUGAUUUAAUAAGUUGACUUGUUCUAAAUAAAUUAGGAUGAGUACAAAAAGGCAUCUUUGACAAAAGAUAAAACAAUAGGACCCAUCUUCCAAAUUUUGGAAGUAUUGGUAGAUGUUUUGGACCCCAAAUUGAUUGGGAUCACUUGGGGAGCACCCCACACCUUCUUGGCACCUGCAAAAUAAAGAGAAUGAGUUAAAAACCUUGGUUGGGGCGGACAAAAGGAGGGGGAGGCUGAACAUGACAUGUUUGUGAACCAAAUGGACCCUCUCCCCAUUUUUUUUUGAUUGAGGUAUCUUGCUCAAUCAUCCCACAUGCCAACCCACUCCUAUCCUUUGACUUUUGAGGCUAAGUUAAGGCCAAGAUAACACUUCCCCAGCUCCCAUUCGAACUCCCCAAGAUAAGAGAGAAGAAGAGAGCCACACAACCUAAAAGAGCAAGGAGAAAGCAAACUGCCCGCAGGUUUUUCCUCCGGUGCAAGGGUUACUUGUUUGCUUCAUAUCUCGAGUUAUACACAUCCAAAUAAGGCGUACGAGAUACCAACAGAAAGCUCUCAAGACGAGGAAUCCGUGAAGGUCUGGUUUGCAGCAAUCGGAGUAGUGGAAGGCUUCCAAAUUGACUGAGCAAAACACAACCUCGCAGGAAACGUUUUUGUAUUCAAAGAAUCGAGUUAGCCGGAAAACACCCGUUCUAGGGGCUGUUUUCGUAUCAACGAUUCGGGGUUGAAAUAGCAACUUGAGGAGGCUGUUUAGCACCCAUUUUCAAGCAAGGAACUAGUUCCCAAUCUUCCUUGGCCGAGGCUUUGGUCAUUGGAUCGAGAAGGAAGGUUUUAAAGCUCAUUUGAGGUGAGGAUCGACAUCUAAUUGCUUACAACUUGUAGGUUAAGCAUGAGAUUACCUAAAUGCCUAAAUCAUAAUUUUUCAUGGAUUAUGAUGAUUAAAUAUUGAUGAAAUAUUGAUAUAGUUCCCAAAGAAUGAAAUUGGAAAUGAUUUGAGGAUGUAUGUAUAAUAGGAGAGAUUAAAUGAGUUAUAAAUGAACUAUUUUGCGAAAUAGGAAUUUUACUCAUGUAUUAAAUAUGUGGAUACAUAAAUGGAUAUUAUGUAUUGAAGUUGAAUAUUUAAGUUGAUGCUACAUACUUAUAAAUAUGUAGAGAAUUACAAAUGAAGAUAUUUGUAUAAUGACAAUAAUCUUAAUAGUAUUGAAAAUACUAGUUAGUGAUUAUUUGAAAUUGUUGAUAGAAUUGAUCCUAAGUAUUGGAUUGUAUGGAAUGAACUUGAAUGUACUUCAAGUGUAUAAAACGACUUAGUAUGAAACUAAGGGCAAGUUAUGGGCGGUCAUUGAGAAUGACCCAAGGUAGAUUAUUGAGAUGUCAAUUCUAGGCAUAGAGUUGCUUAGGAAUUGGACUAUAAUGAAGAAUUAGAGCCGGACUCUAAGAUUACAUGGAAACGUAGUUGGGCCGUGCCCUUGCCAUGUAAUUGUGAUUUGCAUGGAAAUGUAGUUGGUCCGAGACCUUGCCAUGUAAAUUGUGAUUUGCAUAGAAAUGUAGUUGGUCCGAGACCUUGCUAUGCAAAUGUGAUAGGAUGUAAAUUGUGAUUUGCAUAGAAAUGUAGUUGGUCCGAGACCUUGCUAUGCAAAUGUGGUAGGAUGCAAAUGUAAUAUAACGAACUUGACAUAAAGGAUUGCAUAGAAAUGUAGUUGGGCCGAGCCCUUGCUAUGCAAUGGUAAUGUAAUGAACUCUAUGAAUUGUCGUGGCUCAUAGUCACGGAGAAUGGGAAUGGUGAUUUCUAAAUGAACAUGGGCCCACGGGCCGACUACUUGACUUUUAUAUAAAGUAAGUAUAUAUUUUUAAAACGGGGUAACUUAGGGUUACCACUAUAUUGUAUUAUCACCCUAUUUGAGGGUCUUGUGUUUGAAAUACUUGUUGUAUAUCCCUUAGAUGCCAUCCACACCAGUACUUUAUAGCCGUAUAGAGUACUGACCCCUUCGGGGGCGUCCCACCACCAUUUCAGGUUGAAGCUCGAGCUUGCUAUCUGUGCCCGUUGCUCGGGUGAUCCUUUGGAGAGAAGACGUGGUUCGUGCUUUCUCCAUUCUGUUUUGAACAAUAUUAAACAUGCUCAUGGAUAUUUUACUAUAGAGCCUGCGUGCUCAUGAAUAGCCCUGUGUGGCCCUUUUGUUUUAAACAAUGUUUUCCGCUGCGUUACGAAUUACUUAUUAUGUUUGUUUAUGGAUGUUAUGUGUGUGAAUGAUAUUCAAGACGCCUUGUAUAAUAUGAAUGUGUUGGACUGCGGUUGACUAUUCGUAUUGUACGGCGGGUUGUUGACGUGUCCGGGGAGGUCCGGG